UACCGUAAACGACACAAUAUAAGACACCUAGUCUACACAAUAUAAGAAACCCCCCACAGUAUACGACACCCCGGUGGUAAUUUUGGGCGUCUCUGACAGACCAUCGAAUUAUCACCGGGGGUACACAAUAUAAGAAACCCCGGUGGUAUUUGUAGUUGCGCCGCAUGCAUUCGCGGGCCCCCUCCUUCUUUUAUGACCCGGGGUGACAGCAUCUGCCCUUGCGCAUCAUCACACCACACACACAGCUGUGUGCGGAGGAACACCCCGCAUGCAGACCCCAAAGAACAUGAACAUGCAGGCAGAGCAGAGUGUAGCCGGCACUACCGGUAGUACCCCCGCUCCUUCGACCGCUGCUUCGGCAACUGCUUCGACUGUAGCAGCACAGGCGCCACAGCAGAUCACCUCCUUCUUUGGGCCCGCGCACUCUUCUUCUACGAGAGAGGCUCCUCCUGCCGGCACUCUUGCUCCUGCUGCUGCUGUUGAUCUAACAGCAGCAGAAGGAGCUGGAGCAGCAACAGGCGCAAACAUGACAGCCUCUGCAUCGCCUCAGCAGCAGCCAGUUGCUGGCUUGAUGUCAGCAGCGCGUUCGAGCACCGAAGCCGACGAAUCAACGCGCAGCAGCCAAGCAUCUCAGUUGGUGGACGUGGUGGACGAGGAGCCCACCACUUCCGCUGGGACGGAAGAAAGAUCCAAGGUGGGUGGCACACCCCCUGCGCCUCCAGGUCCAGCAUCACCGGUGCCAGCUCCAGCAUCGGCGCCAGCUCCAGCACCGGCGCCCGUCCCAGCACUGGCGCCAGCUUCAGCACCGGCGCCAGGUCAAGCAUCGGCGCCAGCUUCAGCACCGGCGCCCGCUUCAGCACCGGCGCCCGCUCCAGCACCGGCAGCAGCAACGCCGGCAGCGGGAGGAGCGCCGGUGGCCAAAGGUGAUGCAUCCGGCGACAUGAUGUUUCCCGGAGAAACAGAGCGGGGAGAUGGGCUCGGCGGCGUUCUCUUCGGUACGCCGGCAGAGAACAAGAACAAGAGGAAGAAAGGACAGCUGGAGUUGGAGCCGCCGGGCUUCCCGAUCCCCGAGUUUGGUGGCGGAAGCCAACGGAAGCGCUACCCUCUGAAAUUUAAGGUGGAUGCGGUGAGGUACUCACAGAGGAGGGUCAAGGGGGCACAAGGGCCGGACGGGACUGUUGGGAUAACCUACGCGAGCAGAGUCCUGGGCAUUCGCGACAAAUCGACGUUGGCGUUGUGGGUCAAGGAGAUCGACAAGUACGAAGCCGCGCUGGCGAAAAUGGACACGUACAAGGGCGGAGCGAAGCGCAAGAAGACGCCAGCCAACAAGCGCUUGUCGCUGCAUGCCGGACGGAUCCGGACGCACACAGCGGCCGAGGGCGAGAUCGUGGACUGGAUCAACGAGCUGCGUUCUGAAGGCAUCUCCGCCCGUGUUUCGACGAAAAUGCUCAAGAACAAGGCCGUCGAACUCAACCCGAACUUCUUCGGAGAGAGGCCGGCGCCAUCCGAUCUCCAGGGCUGCCAGAAGUACAACAACAGGCAGAACCAGUGGUGCAGGAGGUUUCUCAGGGUCUACCGCUUCUCUGUGCGAGCGGUCACCCGACAAGGCCAGAAACUUCCUUCUGGCUGGCCCGUGAUCGCCAUGCAGGCUAUCAAGGAGUGGAGGACGCUGAAGUACGACGUGCCUUCCGCGCUCGAACUUGCGGACGGAGUCGAGUGCCUGGGGGUUGCGGCAGGGGCGGGAGCCAGCGCGAGCGGCAGCGGGGGUGGGAGUGGCGCUGUGAUUCCUUCGGGUCCGCGUCUCAAGUUCGACUUGGCGCAGAUCGGCAACAUGGACGAAACCCCCACGUGGUUCGAGAGCCCGGGGAAGGACACUGUGAACGUGAGCGACAAGGAGAUUUCCGUCAAAACCGGCGGCAAGGAGAAGAUGCGCAUCACAUCGGUUCUGACGGUGUUCGCCGACGGCACCAAGCUGCAGCCCCUUCUCAUCUUCAAGGGUCAGCCCACUCCGAAGGGGAAGUCCCCCGCCGCCAACAGCAUCGAGCGCGAGUUCAAAGACUACAGGGACAAGAAGGGCUGCGCGUACCCGCGAGGUAUGGCCUACGCCGUGGACCCCAAGGGAUGGCACUCCCAGCGGGUGUUCGACGAGGUGUGGGUGCCGCAGGUGUGGAACCGGCGCCCGGGGCGGCUCGGCCGCCUGGGCGGCUACCGUCAGCCUGACACGCUUCUUGCGUGGGACGACUACACCGUCCACAAGACGGACGCGUCUACCAAGGCGAUGAAGGAGUCCAACACGACGCUGUUCCUCAUCCCGGGAGGCCUGACUCCAAAGCUCCAGCCUUGCGAUGGCCUGGUCAACAAGAUCUUCAAGGCAAACAUGUCCAAGCUCUACGACGACCACAUGGCUUCCAAAGACGUCACGCGCAACGAGCGGGGCUAUCCGGAGCCCCCUUCGCGGGGCUUGGUCGCACAGUGGGUCAAGAAGGCGUGGGAUGCCUUGACCGCGGACGAAAUCCGCUCGAGCUGGAGGAAGGCUGGCCUGCUGCUGCCCUACGACGGGUCGGGAGACGAGGCCUGGGCCAACAAGGAGCUCGAUUCCAACGCCAAGGGGGAGCCCAUCCGCGGGCCAUCGGACGCUGCGGACAAGGCUGACCCGCCGUCAGGAGGCAAGAACGAGAACUUGCUGGAGGUGUUGGACAUCGACGAUGACGACGAGACGGGUGCGGUGGUGGUGGACGUGAGCGACGACGAGGGCGGGGAGCUGUGAGGCAUCGGCAGCGAUGCUAGUGUUGAGA